AUGUUGGCCAUGAGAAGAUCUGGAAUCAGGUCCUUUUCCAAAUUCAUCAAAUUUGGUUCGGGUGUUAAGAAGGCAUUGCAAAACAAUGAACCUGUAAUAGCGUUGGAGAGUACGGUAAUCACCCAUGGACUUCCAUACCCACGAAAUUUAAAGUAAUUUAACUAUUGUAAUUAUAAUGAAACAUCAAUAACAGAGUAGCGAAUGCGUUAGAAAAGAUCGCAAGAGAUGAAGGGGUUACUCCAGCCACAAUCGCCUUGUUGGAUGGUCAAUUGUGUGUCGGCUUAAAUGAUGAACAACUUUCCCAUCUGGCAUCACCCAAUACUAGAGCUGUUAAGGUAUCGACAAGAGAUAUUCCUACGGUGUUGGCUGAGGUGAGAAAUUAUACUUGCCAUUAUUUUUCUUUAGAAAACGACUGGAGGAACCACCGUGGCAGCCACAAUGAAGAUUGCUCAUUGGGCUGGAAUCAGAAUUUUUGCUACUGGCGGGAUUGGAGGUGUUCAUCGAGGAGCUGGGGAAUGUGGGGACUUUUUUUGCUUGUUUACAAGUUAUUUAAGCGUUUGACGUUAGUGCUGAUCUAGUGGAACUUGGGAGAACCCCCGUUGCAGUUGUUUGCGCUGGAGCCAAAUCUAUCUUGGACAUUCGGAAGACAUUGGAAGUGCUUGUAAGUCGUCUUUAUAAACGGCAUAGCACUACUAGGAAACAAACGGGGUUAAUGUCAUUGUAUUGGACUCUCAACCGUAUUUCCCCGGAUUUUUUGUCAGUCGAACACCAUUUAAGGCUCCAUUUAACACCACUUCAAUCCCAUUGAUAUCUGAUAUAUUGAGUAAGGUCUUUCGUACGUUUUAUCGCUGUUUAGAGAUUACUGAUCGUCUCAAUCUUCACCAUGGAACUCUCAUUGCAUGUCCACUGCCUGAGGAAUUAACGAAAGAUGGGGAAUUAAUUGGGAAUGCAGUUGAGCAGGCAUUGAAAGAAGCGCAGUAAGUAAUCGCAAAUUAUAAUAUAUAUGAAAUAAGGGAGAACAUUGCUUUAUUUUGCACUUCAGAGAAUCACAGAUCAUAAACAAGGAUUUGACGCCAUUUCUGUUGAAGAGAGUCGACGAACUCACGAACUCAGCGUCGUUAAAAAUAAGUAAGCGAACAAGUUAGUUGACUAUGAGAUGGGGACUUUCAUAGAGAUAUGUGAUAUGGUUGAUUAAGCAGUUCAUGUAGAAGAUAUCUGACUAACACUUUAAGAUGUGGCUUUGCUUGAGAACAAUGUGAGGAUGGCCAGCAAAUUGGCCAAAGAAUUUGUGAAGCAGAAGGUGGCCACAAUCUACGGCCAAGAGACUAAAGAUAAAGCUGAGGAAAUACCUAAAGUUGUACGUGAUGUGAUAUGA